AGAGACUGAAGAUUAGAGCUGAGUUGACUUACAAUGAUUGACCUCCCGUGUCUGUCUGUGACCUGGACCCUGGUGGUUCUGGUCAUAACUCUCCUGUUUAUUUAUGGUGUGUGGCCACAUGGAUUUUUCAACAAACUUGGAAUUCCAGGACCAAGACCUUGGCCUUUCGUUGGCACAUUUCUCUCAUACACUAAAGGUUUUUACAAUUUUGAUAUGGAGUGUGCUAAGAAGUAUGGAAAAGUUUGGGGGAUUUAUGAUGGAAGACUCCCAAUACUAAUGGUCACUGACCUGGAAAUGAUCAAAACAGUUAUGGUGAAAGAAUGUUAUUCUACCUUCACUAACAGAAGGGAGGUAAAUGCAGACCUGGCCGGCCCCUUUGCUGAUGGAAUAACUAUAACUAAAGAUGAGCAAUGGAAGCGAAUCCGUGGUUCACUCUCUCCGUAUUUCACAAGUGGACGAUUGAAGGAGAUAUUUCCCAUAGCUGUGACACAUGCAGAUCGUUUUAUUAAAAAUAUGCAAAAGCGAGACCACGAGCAGUCAGUGAAAAUAAAAGAAGUGUUCGCUCCAUACAGUUUGGAUGUCGUCGCCAGCUCCUCCUUUAGCGUUGACAUCGACUCUAUAAACAAUCCAGAUGAUCCUUUCGUUACUAACAUCAAGAAGUUUUUCCAGAUCACUCUGUCAAGUCCUCUUAUUCUGCUUCAAACAUUAUUUCCCUCCGUUGCUAAUCUUUUGGGAAAAAUGGGUAUACGUCUUUUUUCAAGUUCGUCAAUGGAUUUUUUCUACAAUUCCCUGAGAAAGAUUAAGGAUGACCACAGCAAGAAAUCAGAUGGUCGGGUAGAUUUUCUCAAGCUCAUGAUCCAGAGUCAAAUAUCUGAUGAUCAAGCUAAGGACACCACAAGUGACCAACUAGUAAAAGGACUAACAGACCAUGAGAUUCUCUCCCAGUCCCUCGUUUUCAUCCUUGGAGGUUAUGAGACUACAAGCACCACUCUCACUUUCCUCCUCUAUAAUCUUACGACUAAUCCAGACUGCCUGGAAAAGCUGGUUGGGGAGAUCGACACAAACUUCCCUCCUGAUUCUCCCAUCACAUACGAUGCAUUGAUGAAAAUGGAUUACUUGGAAAUGGCCAUCAACGAAUCAAUGCGUCUCCUUCCCACUGCCCCACGCUUAGAAAGGGUCUGUAAGAAGACCGUGGAGAUCAAUGGGGUGACGAUACCAAAAGACACUCUGGUUGGAAUUCCUACAUAUGUUUUAUGUCGUGACCCGCAGCUCUGGGAUUCUCCUGAUGAGUUCAGGCCAGAGAGGUUCAGCCCAGAGAGUAAAUCAGAGGUUAACCAGUAUGCUUUCAUGCCUUUUGGACUCGGGCCUCGAAAUUGCAUUGGAAUGAGAUUUGCCCUAAUGAUCAUGAAACUUCUUGUUGUGAAGCUUCUUCAGAACUUCACUGUGGAAACAAGUAAAGAGACACAGAUCCCUCUAGAGCUGAAUGUUAUGUUUCAGCCGAAGGUUCCCAUCACACUGAAGUUCAUACCAAGAUCUCACAAGGAAAAAUAAUCAUUAAAAUGCAGAAUAUUUCAAUAUAAUUCUGUAUAACAUUUUAUGCAAAGUUAUAUAGCACUAGAAAAACGGCAUACAGAAUUGUUUUAUUUUAAAUAUACAUACAUUUGCUGUCA